GCCGAACAAAAACGCGGAAACAAAAGAGAAGUAAUCAGUUUGUCGAACCAAAUAACACCGAGUCGGUAUAAAGUGGGCGUAGUUGUGGCUGACAGCUGUCAAAGUUUAAAUCGUAGCGUUCCACGACCCGGCUGAAGGACUUGUCAUGGCUUUGAAGAGAAUACAGAAGGAGUUAAAUGACUUGCAGAGGGAUCCUCCUGCCUCCUGUUCAGCUGGACCUGUAGGAGAAGACAUGUUUCACUGGCAAGCGACCAUAACAGGACCGAAUGACAGUCCUUAUCAUGGAGGAGUUUUUUUUCUUUCUGUACAUUUCCCCACCGACUAUCCCUUUAAACCACCAAAGGUCGCCUUUACCACAAAAAUCUACCACCCAAACAUAAACAGCAACGGUAGCAUUUGCCUUGACAUCCUGAGAUCGCAGUGGUCUCCUGCACUAACAAUAUCAAAGGUUUUACUUUCCAUUUGCUCUUUGCUUUGUGAUCCAAACCCAGACGAUCCUCUGGUCCCCGAUAUUGCACACAUCUACAAAUCAGACAGGCAAAAGUAUAACAAACUGGCCAGAGAAUGGACCCAGAGGUAUGCAAUGUGAUGGACCUUAAGAAAAAACCUCAUGACAGUACUGUUCAACUGCUUUAUAUACACUGGUCAUAGCUGAGGUGUUUAAGCUUGAAGCACUUUGUCUUCUAAUAUUUUACUUGACUAAACUCUUUAUUUCUUUUUCUUUUUUUACCAUUGUUUUGCCAUUGUUAAGACUUCUGAUAGUUUUGUUCAUUGAUCGUGCUGAGUUGGAGUGGUUGUAUUUUUCCUUAGACGUUUUAUUGUAUAAGACUAUGCUGAUUUUUUUUUUUUUUUUCAUUUUGAAUUAAAAAAGCAUUAAGCAAAAAGUACAUUUUCUAUUAUUCUUCUGUAGUGAUUUUGGGUUUGCAAACAUCAUUGUGACCACUAGGUGGCAGCCUUAGGUUAAGCUUUUUAUAGAGCUUCCUGUACAACCUGGAAAAUAAGUAACUUCUUUCUUUUGUCUUUUGAAAGAGAACAUUAAAAUAAAACGUUAUUUUGGAUGUUUUUCA